CGGAGCCGGAGCCGGAGCCGGAGCCAGGCCGGGGCGUCGAGCUGCCGGCGGCGCGGCCAUGUGGGGCUAGCCCGCGCCGCGCCUGGCCUGCAGCGGAACCGGCAACAUGGAGGCGGCCGUCGGCGCCCCGGACGGCGGGGACCAGGGCGGCGCGGGGCCCCGCGAGGACGCGACGCCCAUGGACGCCUACCUGCGGAAACUGGGUUUGUAUCGCAAACUGGUCGCCAAGGACGGGUCGUGCCUGUUCCGGGCCGUGGCGGAGCAGGUGUUGCACUCUCAGUCUCGUCAUGUUGAAGUUAGAAUGGCCUGUAUUCACUAUCUUCGAGAAAACAGAGAGAAAUUUGAAGCGUUCAUAGAAGGAUCAUUUGAAGAGUAUUUAAAGCGUUUGCAAAAUCCACAGGAGUGGGUAGGACAAGUGGAAAUAAGUGCCCUUUCUCUUAUGUACAGGAAAGAUUUUAUAAUUUAUCGGGAACCGAAUGUUUCUCCGGCACAAGUAACUGAAAAUAAUUUUCCUGAAAAGGUAUUACUAUGUUUUUCAAAUGGAAAUCACUAUGAUAUUGUUUACCCCAUAAAGUAUAAAGAUAGUUCUGCUAUGUGUCAGUCUCUUCUUUAUGAAUUGCUCUAUGAGAAGGUAUUUAAAGCUGAUGUCAGUAAAAUCGUGAUGGGACUAGACACUUCUGAAGUAGCUGAUGGAAACAACAGUGAAAUAUCAGAUUCAGAGGAUGAUAGUUGCAAGAGGAAAACUGCUAAUGAUGUGAAUGGAUUUAAACCUUUGUCAGGCGAUGAGCACUUGAAGAACAAUGGGAAUUCUACUAGCUUUCCCUUGUCUAGAAAGGUUCUUAAGUCACUCAAUCCAGCAGUCUACAGAAAUGUGGAAUAUGAAAUUUGGCUGAAGUCUAAACAAGCUCAACAAAAGCGUGAUUAUUCCAUUGCUGCUGGUUUACAAUAUGAAGUUGGAGAGAAAUGCCAAGUUAGGUUGGAUCACAAUGGAAAAUUUCCUAAUGCAGAUAUUCAAGGAGUUCACUCUGAGAAUGGACCAGUUUUGGUUGAAGAAUUGGGAAAAAAACAUGCCGUGAAGACCCUCAAACCACCUCCCCCAGAAAGCUGGAGCACAGUGUCAGGAAAGAAGAUGAAAAAACCUUCUACUUCGGGACAAAAUUUUCAUUCUGAAAUGGAUUACAGAGGGCCAAAGAAUCCAAGCAAGCCAAUAAAAGCCCCAUCAGUACUACCUCCUCGGCUCCAGCAUCCUUUGGGAAUAAGACAACAUGCAUUCUCUAGUCACUCUUCAGGGGCACAGUCUCAGAAAUCCUCCAGUGAACACAAAAAUCUUGCCCGGACACCUUCACAGAUCAUGAGAACUGGUCGUGAGAGAGCUGAGGAUUUUGAUCACACAAAUAGAGAAUCUCACUAUUUUGGCCCCUCCCCUGAAGAACGCAGAGAGAAGCAAGCCAUAGAAGAAUCUCUUAUACUUUAAGAGAUUCAGAACAGAGAUGAACAGGCUUUCCCAGCCCUUUCCAUGUCAUCAGUCAGUACAUCAGCUUCUCAAAGUAGCAACCCAUGUGUCCAGAGAAAAUCAUCCCACGGAAGUGAUAGAAAAGGAAACAGGCGGAGAAUGGACACAGAAGAACGGAAGGACAAAGACUCUGUCCAUGGAUCUACUCACUUGGAUAAAAAACCUGAACCAAGUACAUUAGAGAAUAUUAGUGAUGAUAGAUGUGCAAGAGUUUCAUCCCCAUUGAAGUCAAAGAAAUUAGAGUGCCCAUCUCCUGCAGAACAAAAGCCAGCAGAACAUGUGUCUCUGUCAAAUCCAGCUCCCCUUCUAGUGUCUCCAGAGGUCCAUCUAACUCCUGCGGUGCCUUCUUUACCAGCCACUGUGCCAGCCUGGCCAAGUGAACCUACAACUUUUGGACCAACAGUUCCUGUGUCAAUACAGGCAGUUAACCAGCCCUUGAUGCCUUUGCCUCAGACAUUGAGCCUUUACCAGGACCCACUGUAUCCUGGGUUUCCUUACAAUGAAAAGGGAGAUCGAGCCAUUGCACCACCUUAUUCACUGUGUCACACUGGAGAGGACUUGCCUAAAGAUAAGAAUAUUCUUCGUUUCUUCUUCAAUCUUGGAGUGAAGGCGUAUAGUUGUCCGAUGUGGGCCCCACAUUCUUACCUGUACCCUCUGCACCAGGCCUACCUGGCAGCCUGCAGGAUGUACCCAAAGGUCCCUGUCCCUGUCUAUCCUCAUAAUCCUUGGUUCCAAGAAGCCCCUUCUGCUCAGAAUGAAAGUGAUUGUACCUGCACUGACACACACUUUCCUAUGCAGACUGAGGCCAGUGUUAAUGGCCAAAUACCACAGGCAGAGAUUGGACCGCCAACGUUUUCUUCACCUCUGGUUAUCCCUCCAUCUCAGGUGUCUGAAAGUGACGGACAGUUGUCUUACUAAGCUGAUCUUGAAUCUGAGAACCCUGGGCAGCUUCUUCAUGCUGAAUAUGACGAAUCACUAAGUGGCAAGAAUAUGUUCCCACAACCGUCCUUUGGACCUAAUCCAUUCUUAGGCCCAGUUCCCAUUGCGCCUCCUUUCUUCCCUCAUGUUUGGUAUGGGUACCCUUUUCAGGGAUUCAUAGAAAACCCAGUAAUGAGGCAGAAUAUUGUGCUGCCCUCUGACGAGAAAGGAGAAUUGGAUCUACCGCUGGAAAAUCUGGAUCUGUCUAAAGAAUGUGCUUCCGUUUCAGCUGUAGAGGAGUUUCCCAAAGCCAGGGGUGAAGGUGCACAUUCUCUCCCUGAAGCAAGUGUGAGCAGUAAGCAUGAAGGCCGGGCAGAGCAGUCAUCCCAGACACGGAAAGCAGAUCUGGCACUGGCCUCCGUCCCUCCCGGAGGAGAGGGAAAGGCUCAUCUUCCCACUCAGAUUCUAAACAGAGAGAGGGAAACUGUGCCAGUUGAACCUGAGCCUAAAAGGACCAUUCAGAGUCUGAAAGAAAAACCAAAAAAAGUAAAAGAUCCUAAGACUGCUGCUGAUGUGGUCAGCCCUGGGGCCAACUCUGUGGAUAGCAGAGUGCAAAGACCAAAAGAAGAGAGUUCAGAAGAUGAAAAUGAAGUAUCUAAUAUUUUGAGAAGUGGUAGAUCCAAGCAGUUCUAUAAUCAAACUUAUGGAGGCAGGAAAUACAAAAGUGAUUGGGGCUAUUCUGGUAGGGGUGGCUAUCAACACCUGAGAGCUGAGGAGCCCUGGAAAGGGCAGUCAAGCAGAGGCCGGGAUGAAGGUUAUCAGUACCAUCGCAAUGUCAGAGGACGGCCCUAUAGGGGUGACAGGAGGAGAUCAGGGAUGGGAGAUGGCCACAGGGGACAACACACUUGAUGGUUGUUGCUGGAGUCUUUUAGAGCAGAAACCCUUUCUUAGGUGGAAUGUUUCUGAAGGCUUUAAAAAAUACAUUAAAAUAAAAACCCAAAUUGGAACUGUCUCCUCCCCUCCACAUUUAGCCUCGCUCCCAUCCUGGACGAGAGAAUCUGGACAGGACUUCAAGGGGGCAGGUGGAUUUCUGGCAUUGCCACUUCACUCACAGUUUGAUUUAUCAGGUGACUUCUCCCCUAACAAUUAGGAAAUAAGUUUGUUAAAGUAUUUUUUAUAAACAACUUAAUAUAAAACAUUAUAGAUUUA